AAGCUGUCUUUAGAUACACUGUGAAACAUAUUAGCUAACUCUCACAUUUAUUUAACUACAGAAAGGAAACAGGUAAGAAUAAAAACAUUGUAUCUGUUUUUUAAACAGAACCUAACAGAAACAAAAUGUAGUUUACAGGGUUUUCUGGGCCUGACUCAGGCAGAUCAGAAGACCACGUGAUAGGAUGCCCGGGAUCCAACCCGGGCCGGCCGUGUGCAAUGCAAAUGUCCUCCCCACUGUACUAUCUCUCUGGCCCUCAGCUUACAUGUUUUUGAAAAUCCCCUAUAACCACUCUUCCGGUUCCAGUGCUCGGGGAGCUGCCGUCGUGGUGCAGACAUGGCCAAGUCCAAGAACCACACCACGCACAACCAGUCUCGAAAAUGGCACAGAAAUGGCAUUAAGAAACCUUGGUCACAGCCAUAUGAGUCUCUUAAAGGGGUGGACCCCAAAUUCCUGAGGAACAUGCGUUUUGCCAAAAAGCACAAGAAGGGCCUGAAGAAGAUGCAGGCCAAUAAUGCUAAGGCCACGAGCGCCCGUGCCGAGGCCUUCAAGGCCCUGGUGAAGCCCAAGCAGGCUAGGCCCGUGGUCACAAAGAAGAACAGUCGCAAGCUCAGUCGACUUGCGUAUAUUGCUCACCCCAGGCUUGGGAAAAAUGCUCGUGCCCACAUUGCCAAGGGUCUCAGGCUUUGCCGGCCAAAAACCAAGGUUGAAACCAAGGAUCCAACCAAGGCUAAAACCAAGGUUCAAAUGAAGGCUAAAGCCAAGGCUCGAAUGAAGGCUAAAGCCAAGCCCCAGAGUUAGACCCAGACGGCUGCAGCUCCAGCACCAGCUCAAGCUUCCAAAGGUGCCCAGGCUCCUGCCAAGGCUCCCUAAGAGGCUGCUGUCAGUGUGAGCGUGGAAGGACUGGUGCGAUCUCUGGGCUGUCUCCAGUCUGGGUCCUCCUGUGCUGUUUGUACAAAUAAACCUGAGAGC